AUGACCUUGGCAGAAGAGAUCUUCCACAGGGCUCUGCCCCCCACCCCUGGAGAGCCCAAGGCCGACACGGAUGGCACCAGCGAGAAGGAGGAAGCUCCGGGGCAGGCAGUGAUGAGGACUGGAGCAGCGGUGCCAAGGAGGCGAGCGGUGGGCAGGCUGGUCAUGCACAGCAUGGCCAUGUUCGGCCGGGAGUUCUGCUAUGCCGUGGAGGCCGCCUUUGUCACGCCGGUGCUGCUCAGUGUAGGGCUGCCCAAGAACCUCUACAGCCUCGUGUGGCUCAUCAGCCCUAUCCUGGGCUUCGUGCUGCAGCCCGUGGUAGGUUCAGCCAGUGAUCACUGCGCCUGUAGCUGGGGCAGGAGGCGACCUUACAUUCUGGGUCUGGGCAUCAUUAUGCUGUUAGGCAUGGCUUUGUACCUCAAUGGGGACGUGAUGAUCUCAGCUUUCAUCGAUGAGAGAGACAAGCAGCGGACGUGGGCAAUAGUCAUUACCAUGCUGGGAGUAGUACUUUUUGAUUUUGCAGCUGAUUUUAUUGAUGGUCCCAUCAAAGCGUAUUUAUUUGAUGUCUGCUGUCAUCAGGAUAAAGAGAAGGGUCUGCAUUACCACGCUCUCUUUACAGGUUUGGGAGGAGCCCUGGGUUACCUUACAGGAGCUAUGGAUUGGGGUCAAACUAUACUAGGAUAUACCUUGGCAUCAGAAUUCCAGGUGAUUUUCUUCUUCGCAGCCUUGGUUUUCAUAAUCUGCCUUACCGUACAUCUGUGCAGCAUUCCUGAAGUCCCACUCAGAUACAAAAACGAAGAGGCAAAGUUCUUGUUGGAAGCGACUGAACCCCAUAAAUACAGCUCCAUAGAGGAGGAAAUUAAGAAUGGUUACUUAAAAUCAGUGUGUGCCGAAGCAAAGGCUGCAGCCAAGCCAGGGAAAUGCGCGGCUGCGUCACGCACAGAGCAAAAAAGGCAGAUGACCCUUAAAUCCCUCUUGAAGACACUUUCAAGCAUGCCACCCCACUAUCGCUAUCUCUGUGUGAGCCACCUCUUUGGAUGGAUGGCUUUCAUGUCCAACAUGCUCUUCUUCACGGAUUUCAUGGGACAGGUUGUGUACCACGGGAAUCCUUAUGCACCUCACAACUCCACGCUUUACCUCACCUACAAAACAGGGGUAGAGAUGGGAUGCUGGGGACUGUGCAUCAAUGCAAUUGCUUCGUCAGUCUAUUCUUACUUGCAGAAAGUCCUUCUGCCAUACAUAGGAUUAAAGGGACUUUAUUUCAUUGGAUACCUACUUUUUGGACUGGGUACUGGAUUAAUAGGCUUGUUUCCCAAUGUGUAUUCCACUCUGGCUCUUUGUUCACUCUUUGGAGUCAUGUCCAGCACACUGUACACAGUGCCAUUCCACCUCAUUGCAACGUACCACAGGGAAGAAGAAGAGAGCCUGAAGCUGCAGGAGGGGGAGCAAGCAGGGGAGCGAGGCAAGGGCAUCGACUGUGCCGCUCUGACCUGCAUGGUGCAGCUGGCCCAGAUCAUCCUGGGCGUGGGGCUGGGGCUGCUGGUGAGUGCCGCUGGCAGCGCCGUCACCGUGAUCUCGGCCUCCACCGUGGCGCUCGUCGGCUGCUGCUUCGUGGCUUUCUGCGUUCGCUACGUGGACUAGGACUGCGAGAAGAGGAGCAGCUGGAAGAAAUCUCCCCAGGGGAGCGUUUCCUUUCUGUUUUCUUUACCAGUGGCACUGGUGCUGUUGCUGCGCUGACGCUGCUGGCACGUCACCCUCUCUUACCUCCUUGGAUCUGUUGCAAUUCCAGAGCUUUAUGAAGUGGAGACCUGAUAAAAUCGGUUGCCUCAGACAAACAUCCCCGCACACCCCCACAGUGUGUGCACAUGCUGUGACAUGUGAUGGUGUAUGUGGCCACAUAUUCUGAUGCUCUACACCAGGAGUCAUUAUGAAACUCCUCAUUACCAAUUUGUGGAAGUUAAUGGAUGAAGAUUGUGAUAAAUUGGAGUAAUAUAAAAGAACAGAGUUAGGAAGAAGGCUUUUAUUUAUCUUGUUUUUCAAGUGUCUUAAGUUGGGAGCUGUUCCCUCCAAUAGUCAAAAGCUGAAGGAGACUCAAUCAGGUGUCAGGGGCCAUGCAGGGUGCAGUUCUAUUAUGAUUAGUGGUACUACUAAAUGGGAUCAGUUAUUACCAGCUACUGUCAAAAGCAGAUUUGAGUGUGAAAAAUGACUGAAAUAUAAAAAAAAUUGAAGCCUAUUGUUUAAAAACAUUACUGUAAAGUAAUUAUUUUGUACUGGAUUGGGCUGCUUCUGUAUAAAUGAAGUGAAAGUACUGGUUGAGCUUGUCAGGAAAGUCUGCCUAAGCCUGCUUUGCAAAUCCAUGUGUAGGUACCUAAAAAUCUACGAGAAACAGCUGCCAUUUCUCCCUUCUUUAAAAAAUGACCUCUCAGUUCUGAUGCUGUAAUUGAAAAAAUAAACUUAGCCAACAUAAGAAUUUGACAGCUGGUUGACCACAUAAAUAUUGUUUAUUUGGAUAUGACAGCAUUUACCUUAAAGCAGCAUCUCUCUUCUCUGUUUCCUUCACUCUUUGACUGAAAUGGCAUUUUCUCUUUCCAGAAUAUUGUAAAUAAAUUCAGUUCUGCAAAGCACUAUCAGGAAUUAUUGUACAGUAAAUACAUAAGCCCAGUUAUUUGUAUUUAAUUGCAUAUGAAGUUUCAUUCUUAUUUUUACUAUACUGACAGAAUUUUGAAAACCUAUUUGCCAAAGCAAUAUUCUGUAUUUAAGCUGUGCUUCCUCUGUCCUGAAAACUGUCAUAUCCAUCCACUAUGUUAUAUGUUAAGCCAUACGAAGCCAUCUGCUAAUGCAAUAUUGUUAAUGAACAUUGAGACCCUAUGGGCAAGUAUGGUGUUUAUGGUUGUUUUUGUACUUAAUGUUGCACAUGUGUAAUCAACACUGUUCAGAGAAAUGCGGUGUUGAGCUUAUCAGCCCUUAGAAACUCUGCAAGACACAAACUGACAGCAACAAAAAUAAAGUUACAUUUGAGCAUCAAGUGCCUCUGCAGAGAUGCAUCAGCUUCAUCCUUUUUCUGUGUUUUCAAGAGUAGAUUGAGUCACAUAUUCUCAGGAAAACCAAUUUUCCCUUAGGUAAAUUCUUACUAAUUUUAACAAGCCUGUGGGAGCCUCAGAUACCUUUUCUUGAUGAUGAAUUUGCCUCCACUCCCAAAAGGGGCUCAGAGCAUGGCAAACCUCACUACAGCAUCUGCAUCCUGCCUUUUGAAAAGAACACGUUUUAUGGUUUCUUUUGGUUUGUGGCUCUUCAUUUCACACCCAUGAAAAAGAAAACCUGGGAGAACAGAGCCUCUGGACUGUGUUUGAAACUGUUUGCAGGCACUGAGCUGGCUGGAGCAUGAGAGUCUCAACCAGAACAAACAAGAGGAAGCCAGAAAAUGAAGGAUUGUUGUCUUACCAAUUAGCUUUAUGUCAUCAUUAACUCACUUCCAUUAACUCCUUAUGUCCUGGGAGGACGAAUUUUCAAGGGAAGAGCAAGGCACCUAUGGAGCCAUAAAGAACAGAUAAAGGAGGAGAUGAUCUGGUUUUGUAGGACUGCACCACAUAAACCUGUGCACCAGAAGCUGGGGUCAUAAAGCUCUGAUUCCACUGUGAGGCUGCAAAAGAAAUUUUGCAAUGUUUACCUAUGUCUUUGUCAACAUUUUCUUUGAAGUUUAGCACUAUUAGAACAUUAACAUUUAAAUGGUCAAUGUUAUCCCUGCCCUGUUACAAAAAUGGGCACUGGCAUUGAUUCAGGCCCACAAAGGGACCACAGAUCUGUGGCAAUCUGAGAAAGGUUCUGAACCUGCAGAGAAGAGCCCAUCAUGGAUAUCAGUGCUUUUAUUUACAGAUUUAUUCAGAGAAAAUUGUUUCAGGAACUCAUAUUAUCAUUUCUCGUGGUCUUUGCCUUUAAUACUCACUGUGUGCUACAGAAGACAGAAACAUUAAAGUCAUCUGUUCUCUGGAAAUCUCUAUAAAAACAUCCUAUAUUGUACCCAGGACUUCAAAAGAGUAUCUUUAUCAGCCUUUCUUAGAAAUAGCAAACUGACAAAAAAAGUAUAUACAAUUUGGAAAACAGUGUCUAAACAAAUAAACAAAAGAAUGAUGGUGCUCAUUCUGUAAUUGAAAAUGUAUCUCAAGUGUUACUGAAAACAAUAUAAAAUGUUACUAACUCAUAAAAGGGGAUAAAUAAGUAUUUCUUUUAGCUAUAGAAAUAUUACUAAUGUAUGUUACUAAUAUAAUAUAUUACUAUUAUG